AUGUGUCCUGUGGCCAUCAAGAUGAUGUGUCUUUGCAAGGAAAAGUACGCAAGAGAGAUAAUUUUAACUGAGGUUUCACUCUUGAGUAGCGUGAGGCACCCCAAUAUCAUUCGCUAUAUAGACAGCUACCUUUUCAAUGAACAACUCUGGCUGGUGAUGGAAUACGUGGAGGGAUGCUCCUUAGCUACUGUGGUUUUCAUACAAGCUCUUGAGGAAGAGAUGAUAGCCUCUAUCAGUCGGGAGUGCCUGAAAGCCCUGGACUUCCUUCAUUCAAAUCUAGUGAUCCACAGAGACUUCAAAAGUGCCAAUAUUCUUCUCGGAAUGGAUGGAUCCGUCAAAUUGAUUGAUUUUGGCUUCUGUGCUUGGCUUAAUCCCUGGGAGAAGAAACGGAGGUCUUUAAUUGGGACUCCUUUCUAUAUGGCACCAGAAAUGUUGGCAGGAGACAAAUAUGAUGCCAAAGUGGACAUCUGGGCCCUUGGGAUCACGGCACUAGAAAUGGUGGAUGGUCCUACACAGGUAAGGUGCAAAUACUGUCAGAGAGCCCUGCCUUUCUCCCCUGAGCCAUAUCUUUCUCCCACUCACAUCAGCUUGAACUAG